AGGUAGGUUACAUACAUAAAUAUUUAAACAAUUGAAACUGUUCUAUUUAUGUGGGAUCUUAAUAUAGAAUCGCAUUCCUUACCAUGUGGUAACAUCGUUUAUUUUGAUUAGUGGUAAGUAAUAUACUUUGCUAUUGAGCAAAAAAGUUUUAAAACUAUUAUUCGUUGAACCUGACCCUUAAUUGGAUUUUGUUAUGUAUAAAAGAAGUUUUAAAAAACAAUGUAAUUUUUUUUUUUUUAAAUUAUAUACCAGUUAGGUUUCUUACCGCUCCUCUACAAGCUGUGCUGCCCCACUCAUCAAUCAGCCAUGUUGUUGGUGCAUGCAUUUCUAAUGCGUAGAUUAUAAAAUCGGUUAGUGACAAUCAUAACGCUGUAAGCCCCAUUCUUUAACUAUCUAUGCCGACCACUUUUCUGACAGAUAAUUGGUCCGCACCUUUAACCAAAUGUUUUGCCCCACACUUUUGUAGCUAAGUUACCCCACUUUUCUACAGCCAUAAUGACCCACACUUUUACUAUGUUACGGUUGUGUUGCCGGCACAUGCAUUAGUAAUGCCUUAGCAAAUAACAUGAGUUAUUGACAGGAAGAGUCACUAUCCAGAAUUUUAUUUUCUUUAAAUACUCAGCUCAACAUUCCUUUUCGUCAACCCCCAUAACCCCUUUAAAACAUUGCCGGCGCUCGCACAGAGUUUUGUCUUACAAAAAUAGAUCGGGACAGGAGCUCGGUAAAUAAAAUAAAAAAGCCGUUUCCACAACCUUGAUUACAAACAGUACAUGCAUAUAUAGUCCUGUUUAAUACAGAGACAACACCAGUGUUACAUGCUCUGACCUGGUUUUCUGUCUGGUAACAUGUGUUCGACAGUCAUCUUGGUAACGUAUUCUCCAUCGGUGACCGCCGUUCCUUUCACCUGCUUUGUGUUGACAUCGAGUGAGCUUUCUUUCGUACACAGCAAUAAGAUUGGGCUAAACAUCAGAGAGUUUAAUAAACUUAUAGGAAUGUCUAUAUUUUCUUUAACACAGGUGAUUAUGUUUAGACUCUCCUCGCUUCAGGGGUCUAUAUUUUGGUGAAAUAGUUCCCGAAAGACAUUUCCCAGGAUAUUUUACGGAGUGUUUCUGUAUUAGGAGACGAUUGAGAGACUUUGUACUUUGGCGUUACUAUUUAAAAAAAAAAAAGUAAUUAGUCUUUAAUACAAUUUGCAGCACCAGGCUUUUAGUCCAAAAUUUAUUUCUGCCUACACAUUUCAAUUACUAGUAAGCAUCCACAACAUAAAAACACUAAUACAGUGAUUAAUGUUUUAGAUCACUUAUCAACAUGGCGAUUAAAAAUAUGUAUUUGUUGUGAUUUUUAUUUCACAGGUUCAUUGAAUAAUAAGAUCGGAACUCGAAAUGUUUUGAAGAUGCUUCUGAUUUAUAAGUUUCUGCUGUUUCCAGGGUGCUAUUGUAUUGGAGGUAUUAAGUUAAAUUUAGUAACAAACAUAAAACAUAAGUAUAAAAGUAACUAAAAACUGAGAGCUGUGUGUGCUAUUUGCUAAAUAGUUUUAAACUACUCUAAUAAAAUAUACAAACAAAAAAAUAUGUUUUUUAUAUAUAGUUUAAAAUUCGCGGUUUAAGGCUAGAUACAAAGUAAUGGCACUUUUCUAAGAAGAAUUUUUAUAAUUAAACACUUUAAAGGAUAUUGCAAUUAUUUACUUAGUGUAAUCAAUAGACCAACUAAUCAGCAUAUAAUUCUGUACUUUCUGCAUCUAUUCAAUGAAAAUAGUUGCAAAAACAUGAAUGGUAUGACACUGAAUAUAUUAACAUUAAAUUGUUUAAGAAAUACUUACAUAAAUCAAAACUGCAUAUUUUGGAAUUAUAGGCAGAUUAAGUUAAUUUUGUGUAUUAAUACAUUUUAGGUGUCCCAAGUUCUGUUGCAGAGAUUAAAUGUUUCAAUAUAACAUAUCGAGACUCCAAAUCAAACUUCUCUACAGGAUUGUUAAAAGAAAUCGAUAAAGUUGCCUUCAACUGUACUGUAAAAUUGGCAGAGGUCACAUCUGCCGAAACAUUCGUGGAAUUCCACAACCAAAUUCAGAAUAGCCAAGUGCCUGAGCUUGUGAGAUUCUCAUAAUUUAAGAUUAAGUCCAUUUUAAUUCAUUUUAAUAAUUGCUAUUUUAGAAACAACUCUAGUGUUAUAUUACAGAAAAUGAUGAGUAUCAUUUACAUUUACAUUAUAUUUAUGAUAAUUGUAAUUUAAGUAUAAUAUAAUCACGUACAAUGUAUAUAUUUACUAACUUUAAAAAAAAAAUAAACAUUACAUUUUAAUAGCAAUUCCAUCAUUUCAUAUAUAUAUAUAUAUAUAUAUAUAUAUAUAUAUAUAUAUAUAUAAUUAUAUUUAUGAUAAUUGUAAUUUAAGUAUAAUAUAAUCACGUACAAUGUAUAUAUAUACUAACUUUAAAAAAAAAAUAAACAUUAUAUUUUAAUAGCAAUUCCAUCAUUUCAUAUAUAUAUAUAUAUAUAUAUAUAUAUAUAUAUAUAUAUAUAUAUGUAUACCUACUUUGGUACUCGUAAUAAUUCAAACAACAAAACAAAAACCGGUUAAGAAAACAAACAAGACACAUUUUUUAAAGAACACAUACUACUUCAUACGCACAAUCCUCAUUUUAUGGAAAUAACAUUUUCAACUUCUUCUUUAUUUUCAGUUAUGCAAAUUGUUUUUAAAAGAUGACUGCACUGGCUAUAAAACUAAUGUUGACUAUUCCUGCACAAAGAUAGAUACUUAUGAAUAUGUUAUAUCAGUUGCAUUUAAAGCUCUUCAAAAAUUCAAUGCGUCAACCAUACGAGGUUCUGUUACGCAGAAUGAAUACAUAUUAGCUAAUGAUUCAAAGAAGUUGCCAGAAAUCUAUGGUAAAUAAAUUUAUAACAAUUAAUUUAUGUCUUUCUCAUCAAUAAAACUAAUUCAAAAAUACUCGUAUUUUCACAAUAAAGAAAGUAAUACGAUGUUGGAUGAGAUUAAAUACGAACUAUAUCGAAAAAUUUAGACUUCUAUAGCAAUUUUAUGGCAAUUAACAUUUUAGAUGAAAAUAUACUAUACUAUGUCUAUUCAUUGUAAAAAUAGAAGCACUUAAAAACAUUAAAAAUGCAUUCUUAAAAAGAUAAUGAAUCACUAUUAUUGUUGUUUUAGAUUGUGUUUAAAGAUUAUGAAUUGGUUGAAGUGUAUAUAAAUUUUUAAUUUUAAAAUAUAUUUUGUUCAAGUACAAUUAGAAAAGAUUUGAUCUAACUAUAAUAUAAAUUUAUUCCAUUAUGAUUGUUUUUAUGACGUUAUCAAUCUCUAUUGUUGAUGGUUUUAAAAAGAUUUUUUUUACAAAUAAAAUCUAUUGUAAAGAUCUAACAACAGAAGGAUUUUAAAACUGUAUUUUUCAAUUAUAUUUUUUUUAGGAUCCGUUGGGGCAUUUGGAUUUUUCGCAAUAAAUGACCUACAAAAAGAGAAUGAAGAAAAUUUUCGUGACAUUAUUGGUAAUUUAUAAUUUAUUUCAAUGCAUUAGUACAAUCGAACCAUGUUUGAUUGAAAUAAAAGCUAGUUUAUCCCAAAAUUCUGAAUGAUAAAACCCCAAGCAAUGAUGAAGAAAACACCCCUGGAUAAAGUGAAGUAAAAUAAUUAUUACAGAUGCUGACUGUAGCUUUAAAUGGAAAAUAAAAAAGAUUGUGAGCAAGUAAAUUCCUACAAGAUUUCUCUUUAGAAUACGUUUGACCUUCUCUUACAAUGAGAGUUCAAAAUAAUGUAUAGGCCAUUUAUUUAUAUACUUAACAAAUUCUGAUAAUGCUAUGAACAUUUAAGAAGAGCUUACAUUUUCUUAUAAAUUAGUUCCAACGGUUGUCCAAACGGUAUGCUCAAGAGUAGCUGAACUGAAACCCCUGCAUCUUGAUAGGGUAUAUCCGUAUGUCAACUCAAGACGCAAAGUAUUCCCUGUAUUGAAAAGAAAGAUAUGUUUGGAAGUUGUAUUUAGUCAGUUCAUAUCGGGUGGACGAGUGGUCUAAACCAUGUCAAUCUCAAGCUAUUUGACUCAAGCUCAAUAAACAUCAAAGCAAAGGCAUCACCCCCAACCCUGAAGGAUGGGAUUCGUUAACCUUUGAGGGCCACUCAUCUAAGAGAAGGCAGACUCUGAAAUCAAAACCGAGUUCGAGCACGUAAGUGGCAUGACAUUGACACGAUAAUAAUCCCGACAACUCCUGCGACACAGAACGCACAAAGAGCACCUUAAAACACUCAUCUAUUUGACCUAUUUUCAGUCGCCUCGAUAACUCUUACCAUUGGAUUAAAUAGGCCAGCACAAGAAAGUGAAGCUGACGAAUUGAGCAAGUUCCCUUAUAUUAAAUAAAAUUAUGCCCAAGUCCACGCUACUACUCGCGUGGGAUGGAUGAACAAUUUUCAUUAUACAUUAGAAGUAGUGAAAGGGCAGAGCUUUAUUUCUUUUUUUUAAAAAAUUAGCGUUAAAAUUCCAAGAGAUAUCUAUAAAAGCAGCACCAAGCAACGUGGAAGUCAAACGGAAUAAAGUCCUUAGGACAAAAAAUAUUUUGAAUUAGAAUCACGCACGUGUGUCUCUUAGAAGUUCUUCAUUGGCCUCUCAAAAGUUUAGGAUGAAGAUCCUUGCAACUGAACAUAAGAUAUAAAUUCGUUAUUCAAUUCUUUAUGGACAAAGAUGCGUUUUCGUUUUAAGGACAGGUUCAAUAACUUUGACGAGGCUUUAUAUAUUUUUUUUCCUUCCGUUGAGAGAUACAUAUCCAGCAGCAACUCUCAAACAUAUCUUGCUGUUCAAUCUCAGUAACAGGUGGCGGAUGGGGUGAUGAACCGUUGACAGACGCACACAUCCAUUGAAGAUGCUGGUGAUUCGGUACUGUUACUUCUUGUGAAUAGCGUCAAGUAUCAAUACACAUUUUUAAUUAGAAAAAAGUGUAAUACUUUUCUUAAUUCUUUUUUUUUUAGAUCCACCAAAAACUCACAUUCAGGUUGCAAUUCCUGUAGCAAUAGUGUCUAUUGCAAUAGUUUUGCUCAUUCCUUGUCUAUUAUGGUAAGAAAUUCAUUUUAUAUUUGUUCUGCUGUUUGCUUCCUCAAACAUUGCUUACUAUUUUUAGCUAUGUUAGCUCUAACUUUGUGGAGGUUAUGUGCGCAGACAAUUCACAGAGUGCAGCUUCAUAAAGAUGGUGUACAUUUGUAUCGCAGUGUGAGGCAGCAAAGCUUAACGAUUUAACUGGAGUGUUCAUAUUAUUCAAAGUAUACGGAUUUGCAAAGAAAAUACGCUCUUCUUUUAUUCGGCUAAACGUAUUUAAAAAAAAAAAAAUUAAUUUCUUUUCAUAAAAAGGAGGCAAAUUAUCAAUUUAAAUAUGUAUAUAUAUAUUUAUAUAUAUAUAUAUAUUUAUAUAUUAAAGUCGUGUGUACUUACUUGAUAAAGAAUUGUGUUGCUUUCUCGGAUACCACUCUUAAGCCAAGUGCUAUUUUUAAAUUUAAUUAUGUAUUUCUAUCACUUGUUGGCUUACGAAGGCUUUCUGCUAUCACUUUCGUUGUUUCGUUGCAGUCCUUUUUCAGAAUAUCACAUACAGUGGAACCUCUCAUAACGAGCAUAAUUCGUUGUAGAAUCUUACUCGUUAAGGGAAACACUCGUUAAAUGAAACAAUAGUUCCAAUACAAAUCAAUGUAAAAUACGAUAAUGCGUUCCAUGCUGAAAAAAUACUCAUUUUUCAAAAAAAUUUAUUAACAUUUAUUCCACACAAAAAAAUUACUUAUGAAUUGUUAAGGAGAGUAAAAACUUGGAAUACAAUUUAGAUUUGAAACAAAAAACGUAAAUAAAAAUAUGAAUUUAUGACAAAUAAUUAAUCCUUUUAACUAGAAAACUGUCUAGAGACAUUUGUUUUUGCCGACGCUUCAAAAUUUGACGAAAAUGUAUCACAGCAUUAUCAUUGAAUGAAUUUUUAACACGCAAAGCCACCUCCUUCUUAGAGGUGAUGCUUCUCAAUGUACGAUUUCUAUGAUUGCGCUAGAAGAUUGUUGUUCUGCUACUUCCGCCUCCAUUAAUCAGCUCUCGUCCAUAUUUUAUUGCUGUGAAACACGAUGCAACUCCAUAAGCUCUUCGGUGGUCAACUCUGGACUGUGCUCUUAAGCAAGCUCUUCAAUAGUGUUGUUGUCUACCUCGAGACCCAUGUUAAUGGCCAAUGACACAAUCUCGUUAACUUUAGACUCCACAGGUACUAUUUCAAAAUUACACUCAACAACACUCUCUGGCCCAAGAUUUUCCAAGCAGAAGUGAGGGUCCUCUUGGGAACUCCUUCCCAAUCCAUGUCAAUCAUCUUGAGGCAAGCAACGAUGUGAGAAUUAUCUUUCCAAACUCUCUAAGAGAGAGAUUUGUCUCUUCAGUAACUUGAAAACAACGCUCUAAGUGUGUUUUAGUGUGGAGUUUUUUUUAAAUUAGAAAUAACCUCCUGGUCCAUAGGCUGGAGUAACGGAGUUGUGUUUGGAGGCAGAAACUGGAUAUUUAUGAAAUUAAAUUCUUCAUGAAUAUCAUCUGUAGGCCUGGAGGAUGGGCGGGCGCAUUGUCCAUAACAAGCAAGACAUGGAGAGGAAGAUUCAUCUCAAGCAAAUAUUUUUUUUUUACAGAAGGACCAAAUACUUCAUUGAUCCAAUUAGGGAAAAUGUCACGUGUCACCAAGGCUUUCUUGUUGGAUCUCCACAUUACAUUUUGUCUGCUCUUCUGGACAUUACACUUCUUAAAGGCUCGCGGAGUUUCUGAAUGGUAAACAAACAGUUGUUUAAUUUUCAAAUCGCCGCUUGCAUUGGCACAAAAUAGCAGUGUGGGGUGGUCUUUCAUUAGCUUGUGGCCUGGCAAUGCAUUCUCUUCUGCUGUUUUAUAGGUUCCCUUUGGCAUUUUUUUCCAGAAGAGACCCGUCUCGUCACUAUAAAAAAAUUGUUACGGCAGGUAACCCACAAGAUCUAUGAGCUUAAGGUAGUCACUGAUGAAGUUCCCUGCCACUUUUGUGUCAGAGCUUGCUUCUUAACCGUGCCUAACAAGGCUGUGGAUGCCGGUUCUUCCCUUAAACUUCUCGUACCGUCCAUGACUUCCCUUGAAUUGUAGUUCUUUUUCGGCAGUAGAUGAUCUUGGUGUUUUCUUAACGAGGUCAGCGAAAAUAAGUUUCGCCGUCUCACAAAUAAUGUUUCCGUUAAUAGUGUCGCCUUGUAAUCGCUUCUCGUUUAUCCAUAUUAUAAGCAAACUCUCAACAUCAUCAAGAAUACGUAACCGUUUCGUAGAAAUUCUUGACAAUGCCUUUGAAGCAUCCAUCUCUUUAAUUUUGUUUUUGUUCUUGAGAAUAGUGCUGAUCAUUGAUGUUGACCGAUUGUAUGUGCGCGCUAGAUUAGGCAAUCUCACCCCUUGUUCUCGUUUUUCAAUACUUUACGGUUCAGUUCAAUAGUUAUUUUUUCUCUCUUAUGAUUGUCUUCUUGUGGUUUUUUCUCCGAAGACAUUUUAGCAUAGGUUAUUACAUUUUCCACAUUAAAAAAUUACGAAUACUGUCUGAAUACAAAACUUGCAAAAACUGGAGAUCAAACACGAAAACAAUACGCUAACAGACCAAGUGUUAAGCACAGCCUAAUGCAUCGGCGCGGAAGUCCUGGCUCACAAAUAAAUGUCCGAAAAAGGGACUUCCCCCUUCUGCGAAACUCUUUAUGCGAAAUCUCACUCGUUAAGGGAGAAACUUCUUCACAGUUUUUUUGCUUGUUCUGCGAAUUACUCGUUAUGAGAGCCGCUCGUUAUGAGAGGUUUCACUGUACCUUGUUUUAAUGACUUUCUCUUUUGUUAAUUUUAUUGCAGUCUCUCUCCGUUUUGAUUACACAUUUGUAACGAAUUUGGGUUAAAUAGUAUAUUUUGAAGAAAAUCAUGCAGCACUUAGAGGCUUGAAUUUUAUCAAGAUAUCUACCUAGAAUUACUUAUUUUAUAGAUUGACUUCAUCCCCCUUUUUUCCUUAGUUAUAUUAACAACAUUAAAGAAAAAUGAAAAUAACAUUAUAAAAAAAAUAAAAUGUUUAAUGAUUCUUUUCACUUGUAAAGGUUCUGCAUCAAACGUCGCCGACGACAAAAAGAGGUAACAUAAUUUCUUAUUAUAUGUUGCUAUAGUAAUAACGUGAGGAUGAACAGAUACACUGACAUUACUGGAUGAGCAUUUAUAGCUCUUAUAGUAGGGAUCAAAUAUUAUAAAACGAUUUUUAAUAUGUCAUAUAUCACCUAUCAAGUUCUAAAUAUAAAUAAUAUGUUAAUAUAUUACAUAUAUCAGUCUCUAUAAACUGUUAAAUUCUUAAACAUUUAUCAUAUUAUUUUUCUUGUCAGAACAAAGGAAAGUGCAGCAUAGAAGACAAUGAUGAAUAUACAAAUGAGAUAUUACUGGAUCAAUUUACCGUACGUAUGUAUGGAGUGUGCGAUUCCAAAUAUUUUUAAAGAAAGCAUUUGCCUACUUAUACACAUGCAUGGAAACAAAAGCUAAACUUAAUGUUACUAAAAUUUUUCAUUGAUAACUUUCAUAAUUGUUCAUUUUUUUUUGUUUCUAAUCAAUGUAUACAAAAUAUUUGAAAACUAAUAUGCAAAUAUACAAUGUAUUUAUUUAAUUUUUUUUUAAAAUUUUAAUUAUUUUUAUGGGUGUGGGGGAAUGUGUGUGGGUGUUUAAGUGUGUGUUUCUAUUUAAAUUUCAUCCUUAUACUACCUCAACUUGCACUAAAGUGUAAAUUCAACAAUUAAAACAGAAAGCAACAUACUUAUCAACACCUAAAUCUGCAAGAUUUUGCUUUUUUUAUUUUAAAUAAAUUGUCAUUUACUAUAUAACCCCAUCACUUUAAAUGCUGUAAAACGACCUAUGCGAUUUUUGCAGUUAGCCAACGACGACACUAUCCAUACAUCUGAUUUAAUAGAAGCAUCAAAAGAAGGACAUACACGGCUUGUCGAAGAGCUCAUUGCAAAUGGCGCCAAAGUUGAUCAACAAGAUGCCCAUGGAAAUACUGCUUUGAUAAAAGCUUCAGAAGCGGGACAUGCCGCAACUUCUGAAAUGCUUAUACAGAAUAAUGCAAACGUAAAUCACAUUUCUAACCUGGGUUAUACUGCGCUACUAAAAGCUUCAGCAAAUGGUCAUGUUAAUUGUCUUGAACUUUUGAUGACAAAAAGAGCUUUUAUCAAUCAGAAAGACAAAAGUAAUCGCACUGCGUUACAUUUGGCAUCAGAGAAUGGACACAUUGCAGCCGCAGAAUUCCUUUUAAAAAAUGGAGUAAGUGUUAAUAAACAAGAUAAGAAUGGAAACACUGCAUUGUCUCUUGCUUUGAAGGCCGGAGAAACUCAAAUCGCAGAAGUCCUUGUGAAAAAUGGGGUUGAUUUAAAGGAAAGAGACAAAAAAGGUUACACUCCGUUACAUACAGCGUCAAAAAAAGGAAUGACUACAAUCGUGAACCUGAUACUAGAAAGGUGUGAGAAAGACGGUGAGAGAAAUUUGAAGGGAACUAACAUAAAUAACAAUGUAGCUACUCCGCUAUAUUUAGCCUCACAAAAUGGAUGCACUGAAAUCUCAAAAUUGCUAAUAGAAAGUGGCGCCAAUGUAAAUGAAAAGAUACAUUCAGGUUACACAGCAUUAAUGGCUGCUACUGUUAGUAGUCAAUUGGACACUGUAAAACUCCUUAUUAAUAAUGGGGCUGAAUUAGACGCAAUGACAGACUCUGGUUCUACGCCAUUGAUACUAGCAUCACGGAAUGGAAACAAUGAUAUUGUAAAUACUCUCUUCGAUCAUGCGGCUAAAAAUGGGGAUUCGUAUAUGUUUCAAAACAGUGGCCAUAGACCAUUAAUGAAAGCAUGUGAAAAUGGACAUAUCGAGACUGUUAAACUUCUAAUUGAAAAGGGUUUUACAGUAAAUGCCAAAGAUAAAGAUGGGCGGACACCACUGAUGUUAGCGUCUCUUAAUGGUCAUACCGAAGUCACUUUGUAUCUAAUUGAAAAAGGAGCCAAAAGAAAUGAAGCUGACAGAUCAGGUAAAUCGCCAAUAAUGCUUGCUGCAGAAAAUGGACACAUCAAAACGUUUGAGAAGCUUAUUGCAAAUGGUGGAAACGUGGAUGGAAAUCAGGUAAUUUCGGCUUUGAUAUUAGCUACAAAAAGCCUACACGUGGAGAUGGUAAGACACAUUAUAGAAAUGGGCGUUGAUGUUAAUGCUUAUGACGAGACUGGUUACAAUGCGUUGUCACAAGCUUCAAGGGAUGGACACAUUGAAAUUGUAACAAUGCUUUUAGGAAGAGAUGCAGAUGUGAAUAAAAAAACGCGUAAUGGCGAGACUCCAUUAUUUUUGGCUACUGAUAACGGACAUCUGGAAAUUAUAAAACUCCUCAUGGAAAAAGGUGCACAAUAUAAGGAAGAUGACCAAUACACACCCUUGAUGUUAGCGUCUCGAAAGGGCUAUACUGAUACUGUUCUAUAUUUAAUCAAGAAUAAUGCUAGCAUCAAUGAGGUCGACUCUAUCGGAAAGACCGCAUUAAUCCUUGCAGCAGAAUAUGGACACGUUGAAACAUUUGAGAUGCUUCUUAUGUAUGGCGGAAAAUUGGAAGAAAGUCAUUGUGCUUCCGCAUUAAUACUAGCUUCAGAGAAUGGACAUUUAGAGAUGGUUAAACUUCUUCUUCAACCAGGCGUGGAUGUAGAUGCUCGUGACAAAUCUGGUUACAAUGCAUUGGCGCAAGCUUCAAAAAAUGGACACUAUGAUAUUGUAAAAUUUCUUAUAGAGUGUGGCUCUAAUGUUAAUGACAAAAUGUGUCAUGACUACACUGCCUUAAGCCUGGCAACUGAAAAUGGAAACUUUGAUAUUGUAAAACUCUUAAUAGACAAGGGGACUAACGUUAAUGACACCGAUCAACAAAAAUGGACACCUUUGAUGUUCGCCUCAAAAAAGGGAUUUGACGUGAUUGCUGAGCAUCUAAUAAGGAACGGGGCCAAGAUUAAUGAGGUAAACACACUAGGAAAAACCCCAUUGAUGAUUGCUGCAGAAAACGGGCAUCUUAACACAUUUCAGAUGAUUGUAAGUCAGGGUGGUAAUCUGAAUGAAAAACAAGCAAGUUCGACGUUGAUAUUAGCUUCAGAGAAAGGACAUACUCCGAUUGUAAAAGCAAUUAAUAAUCCUAGUGUUAGUAUUUAUGAUAGGGAUGCAACAUUUUCAACAGCAAUUCAACGCGCCUUACAAAAUGGACAUAUAGAAACAACGCUGUUGCUAGAAAAAUUAAAAUAAUUUGCAACAAAAACGGAUCUUAAAAAUAUGGUUGUUGCGUUGUGAAAAAGUUUGUCACUGUUCAAAUGGCACUAAGGGUGGAAAACAGCAACAAUAGCAUAUUAUGUUAGUUCAUACUUACUAAUGUGUCAAAUUAUGUUAUAAAAAUUAUACGGACAAUCUAUAUCAUUUUAAACAUAAAUUAUUAAGAAAAUCGAACCUAGGUUAAAAUUUCAAGUGUCUGGUAAAAUUCAUAAAAAUAAAGUUAAAGCAGUUUUUAAAACCGGUGGAAAAGUAACAUGGUUAAAUUGUUAAGAUUUUAAUCGAAAUAUACUUUUAAAAUAUGAAUAAAUAGACGGACAGACGGACAAAAAGACUGACUGACUGACUGACUGACUUUAUACAUUGCGUUAGUACAAUGGUUCUCAGCCUGAGGGUCAGGACACCUUUGGGGGUCGAACGACCCUUUCUAAGAAGUCGCCAAAGGCAAUCGGAAAACACAUAUACUCUACAGUUAUGAAGUAGUUAUGUGUUGUUGGGAGUCGCCACAACAUGAGGCAAUGUAUUAAGAAAUGGUGGCAUUAGAAAGGUUUAGAACCACUGCGUUAGUGUAAUUGUGCCUUUCUUUGAUCUGUGCAGGUGUGGCAUGGUAUGUAUAUAUUCUAAUAUUGUCAUUAUUUUUCUUGUCCUUGUUAUUUGAAAUCAUUUAUUGCAUUCUGUAGAAAGUUAAACUUGUAGUGACAACCAUUCUCACUCCGCACUGGACUACACAUAUAAAUAUAUAUAUAUAUAUAUAUAUAUAAUUCGUUACUGCC